AUGGAUGUGAACUUUACGCUGCUGACGCGCGUUUGGUGCGUUGCAGAAUUGGUUGAAGCUGAUCAUUUGCACAUCUCCCAGGUGGUGAAGAUUCACUCGGGAGCCUCCAGAGACGUUUGCCUUGGACGCUUGGCGUCCUCCGAUGUGCGACAGGCAGAAGCGUCCUUUCCGGCAGACAAGGAGUUGGUUUUGGGCAAGAUCGAGGAUGUGGAGGCAUUCAACAAGCGCCUGCAAGACUUGAUGCUGCACCGUUUGGAUUCGUUCCUAGGGAAACAUUCUGCCACCGCUUCGACGCUCUGUGAUGAAAUUCUUGGAGCAGCUAUGACAGUAGCAAUGUGA